AUGCAGUGCAUUACUACAGUUCGUUAUUCCUUCUUGGUUAAUGGGCAGCCCCGGGGUUAUGUCACACCGACUAGGGGACUCCGUCAGGGAGACCCUCUCUCCCCUUACUUAUUUGUUCUAUGCCCUGAGGGCUUCUCAGCAUUGCUGGAUAGGAAGUUUCAGCAAGGUCAGUUAUCUGGUAUUUCUAUUUGCUCUUGUGCCCCUCGUAUUCAUCACUUACUUUUUGCUGACAAUAGUCUAUUGUUUGGGAAUGCUUCUCUGGAAGAGUGUAUUCAACUUCAAUAUGUUUUAAGUGAUUAUGAAGAAUUCUUGGGUGUUCAAGUUGUUGCUAAGCAUGAUAAGUACUUGGGGCUUUCGACUUAUGUGGGAAGACAGAAAACAGAAACUUUUGCAUACAUCACUAAAAGGCUCAGUAAGAAGCUUGAAGGUUGGCAGGGGAAACUCCUUAGUGGUGCAGGGAUGCAUCUGCUAAUUCGAGUUGUUGCCCAGGCAUUACCUUCAUAUGCUAUGAGUUGCUUUUUAUUGCCUAAAACUUUCUAUGAUACUCUUCAUCAAAAGUGUGAUAAGUUUUGGUGGGGUAGUAAAGGUGAUCAGAGAAAGAUACAUUGGCUUUCGUGGGAUAAGCUCUGCCAACCUAAAGAGAAUAGAGGGAUGGGUUUCCGCGACUUGCAUGCUCAUAAUCUAGCUUUCAAAGUACCUAAUAAGGUAUUAUGGGACGCUGAAUUGACCUCCACACCUUCUGCAUGUUGGAGGGGGGUUUUUGAGGCUUUAAAGAUUUUGAAAAAGGGAUUCCGCUGGCAGGUUGGUGAUGGGAGGUUGAUUCAUGUUUGGGAUACUCCUUGGUUACCACGACCUUGUUCCUUCCGACCUUUUUUUCGCUACCCUUCUGCUCCUGAAUGGGUACACAAGCUCAUCCUACCAUCUGGCACAUGGGAUAGAGAUCUCAUUGUGGCUCAGUUUGAUCCUGAUGAUGCUGCACUCAUACUCUCAAUUCCACUUAGUAACAGACAAGUGCAAGAUAGGCUGAUAUGGCAUUAUGAUGCAAAAGGUAGGUUUACUACCAAGAUUGCGUACAAAAUCGCCUAUGAGUCAGUGCAUGACCUAACUUUGGGUACUACUACCUCAGAUCUUAAUGUUUCUUUUUGGAAGAAGAUAUGGUUUGCCAAGAUACCAGGCAAAGUUAAAGUGCACAUUUGGAAAGCGUGUUCUGGAAUUCUACCUACGGAACGGAAUAGGAGGGUUUGGAAUGGUAAGGCUGUGUGGCUGCAUCAGUUGGCCUUUCAAGCCUUUCAUCACCUUCGUCUUUUUCAACAUGCAUCUAGAGCUGUUGUUUCUUCUUUGAGGUCACGAAGAGUUGUGGUUCCUUGGCAACCUCCUUCACCUGGUUGGCUGAAAGACAACUUUGAUGGAGCCUACAAUGGGACUUUGGGAAAGGGUAGUAUUGGUGUGAUUGUGAGAGACUCUAAUGGAGAGGUAGUUGGAGGUGUCUGCAAGUUUGUCGCUUCUAUCUCUUCUCCUGUUGAGAUUAAAGCUUUCGCUGCCAGAGCAGCUUGUGAUUUGGAGUCUCAAUUUCACCUUGCACCGAUCAGUUUUGAAGGGGACUGCUUGCAGGUUAUUCAAGCCAUUAAUGUUGGGGAAGAGGACACGUCUCCUUGGGGUCGUUUGAUUGAUGAUUAUGUCUCCUUCUUGGGUCAGUUACCGGGUGCUUCUUUCUCCCAUGUUUUCCGAGAGACCAAUUCUGCUGCUAAUAAGCUAGCUAGAUUAGCUCUUUUUAGUCAAGUUAAUAUCUCUUGGUAUGGUUGUAUUCCUACAGAUAUUAGGGGUUUUGUAACCUCACAUUGUAUGCUCUAG